AUGACGCUUUUGAAUACGUUCCUCAUGCUUCGUCACUCGAACCCGAAAUGGCUACAGUCUUUCUCCUCGCCCACGCUUGCGAUGACACGAUAUCUGCGCACAUCUUCAAAGGAUAGCUUUCUUGCUACCCAGCCUUCUCAGAGACGGAAAACUGGAAAAGCUGGCUAUCUCGUGACAAAAGCAGACGACCUGAUCGGCUGGAUACGAACAGGAUCCCUAUGGCCUUUGACAUUUGCCACUGCCUGCUGUGGAAUUGAAAUGAUGCACACCUCAAUGCCGCGUUAUGAUCAAGACCGACUGGGUAUCAUUUUCCGUGCCUCGCCUCGGCAAUCCGAUGUGAUGAUCGUGGCCGGCACGAUUGUGAACAAGAUGGCCCCGGCGUUGAGACAGCUGUAUGACCAGAUGCCCGAACCGAGGUGGGUGAUCAGCAUGGGCAGUUGUGCCAAUGGCGGAGGAUAUUAUCAUUACAGCUACAGUGUUGUACGUGGCGUGGACCGUCUUGUUCCUGUUGAUAUCUAUGUACCUGGGUGUCCACCAACAACAGAGGCCUUUCUUUAUGGCAUUUUCCAACUUCAGAAGAAGAUUCGGCGGACAAAGGUGACACGGAUGUGGUAUCGGCGCUGA